AGGAAGGAAAUACUUUCAGGGAACAGGAAGAGGCCAGUUGGAAUCACUCCUCAUCAGACGAGAUGGGACCGCUACUGAGCACUCUCUCUGUGGAGGACUGGAGAAUUCUUCCUACUCCCAAUGCACUUUGUGGCUAUGAAAGAUCCCAUUUCAUAAUGAAAGGAAGGAAGACACGGCAAACCGUGAGAGGCAAAAUCAAGAAGCAAAGGGAAAUUAAAUAAAUAACAUUGUUGUGAUCAUAAGGAUGUAACAAGGAUUUUAUAUAUCUCUAUAGAUAUACCAGGACACAGGGCCCUGUUGGAGAGCAUGACAGAGAGCAAGAGCGAUAGGAGAAGAGGGGGAUGAAAUGAGCUAGAGGGAAAUAUAUUUAAGAAAGAGAUGAGAUACAACCAUGGUCAAUCAUAGAAGAGAAAGAGGGCGAGCGGCCAUGCCAUGGCCAAAGUGAGACUGAGGGAGUGAGAGGCUGUCUAAAUGGGGGGGAAAAAGAAAACCAUUGUCAAACAAAACAAGAGAAAGUGGGCCCUUGACCAGAGGGAGAGUCUGUGUGUCUGAAUGGAAUGGCGGUCAUCGGUUUCCCACAGAUAAGUGCUCUUUGUUGGUGGCAGACGCCUAUCAGCGGGCCAUCAGCAGCCGGCCUGUCUCUGUCUGUGUCUCUGACUUGUGUGUGUGUGUGUCAGUGUGUAGCGAUCUACUGCCUGACUGUGUGAUUUGAGUUAUACCCUGACCUCUCUGUAAUCCCCAAGAGCCUCAGUGUCUGCUACUGCCUCAUCUCCUCCCUCCCCACAUGCACACACACACAGUGAUAGAUAGACGCCAUAUCGGAUGUGGACUGACUAGUCAUGUCCACAACUGGGACAGAUCGUCCCCUCAACUGCAUGAGCACAGAUUAGAGACUGCCUGGGGUGUCCACACUGGAACAAAGUUUGUAAUGUGGCAGAAACGGCCAACAUGCCUUGGAGGCCUGGGCAGGCAGACGGGUUUGGUCAAGGCCCUCAAUCGAAUUGUUGUGAUCACAUGUGUGACUCGGCGACGUGGUGAAUCUGAAUGAAUGUGUGAGAGCUGUGGAAUCCUGACUGUCACAAUGUUCCCUUCAUCUCUGCUCUCUAGAUGGGAUGGGGCCUGGAUGGAUGGACAGACAGACUCGCUGGUUUGUUUCCCCUCUUCAAGGUGGGUUGUGGAGUGUGUUCGCGCUGGGUGGAGCCGGCAGUAAGCCAGGAUUGGAACAGGAACAGAACCCUCUGCCACUGUCCAAUCAGAGCCUGUUAUUGCUUCUGGUGCUAGCCAAUCUGACAGAUGGACCCAACAACUGUCCCAACCCCUACAGACAGGCUGUCACAUGCUUCAAAAACACACAAGACAUGUCAUCCAUCCCUACAGAGCAGCACCAUAUGUUCCAGAUUAACUUCAACAGCCUUUACACAGCUCUGUGUGAGCAGCAGAGAUCUGACCAGGCUACACUGAUACUCUACACACUACUACAUCAGAACACCAACAUGAGGACAUACAUGCUGUCACGCACAGACAUGGAGAACCUGGUGAUGCCCAUCCUCAAGAUCCUGUAUCAUGUGGAAGACAGGAACUCUCAUCACGUCUACAUGGCCCUCAUCAUCCUCCUCAUCCUCACUGAGGAAGAUACCUUCAAUAGGUCCAUACAUGAGGUGGUAUUAAAAAACAUAACUUGGUAUUCAGAGCGUUCAUUAACAGAAAUCUCCCUGGGUAGUCUACUCAUCCUAGUGGUCAUACGCACCAUCCAGUUCAAUAUGACACGGACCAGGGAUAAGUACCUGCACACCAACUGCCUGGCUGCCCUGGCCAAUAUGUCUGCCCAGUUCCGCUGCCUACACCAGUAUGCAGCCCAGCGCAUCAUCAGCCUGUUUGCACUGCUGUCCAAGAAGCACAACAAGAUUUUGGAGCAGGCUACCCAGUCUCUACGGGGCCUGCGGCGGGCAGACUACGCCCAGGACCUGAAUGUGAUUGAGGAGGUGAUCAGGAUGAUGCUGGAGAUCAUCAACUCGUGUCUGUCGAACUCUCUACACCACAACCCCAACCUGGUCUACGCCCUGCUCUACAAGAGAGAGCUCUUUGAACAGUUCAGAACACACCCAUCCUUCCAGGACAUCAUGCAGAACCUCGACACAGUGAUAGGUUUCUUCAGCCAGCGUCUUGAGGCAGCAGGGACAGACUUGUCAGUAGAGAGGGUUCAGGAGGUCAUCAUGAAGGGAGCACAGGCCCUGCCCAAAGACCGCUUCAAGAAGUUCCCAGAGCUGAAGUUUAGAUACGUGGAGGAGGACCAGCCCGAAGAUUUCUUCAUCCCUUACGUGUGGUCCCUGGUUUUCAACUCUGGAGUAGGCCUUAACUGGAGCCCUACAGGCAUAGAACUCUUCAGCAUGGACUUUGGCUGAUUGUGAGAGUUCACGUCUGUCUAGCUAUGGGCCAAUCCAAACUUCCACUUUAGUCAAAUGUUCACUUAGUCAUGCAUCGAUGUAAAUGGGAGAUGUUACCUUAGUGGAAGUUAGGAUUCGCCCGUGUGUGUGUGUGUGCGCGCGCACUGCUUUGGAAGUGCCUCUACAGACAGAUCCCUGGGUUACUAUGGGAUGUUAGACAGGAGGACAUUGAAUAUACUGGUCUUCCUUUCUGCUCCUAUUCGUUCAUAUCAGACAAACCUUUCCUCUGUGCUUCCACGUAGCCUGGUUAGUCCAGACUGAACACUGAGCUCACCAUUGUGAGUCAUAAUUCAGUCUGGUACAACCAGGCUAGCUUCCACAUGGUUCAGCUCCACAACCAGACCUCAACAGCAGCACUGAAUACUAAGGAUGGUACUCUUAACAGAGACUGUUUGUUUUCUCCAUUAUUGGGAGUUUGGUGCAUUUUCUGUCCUCAGUCUUUCUCAGGUUUUCUCUGGUUUUGCCUCACUUCAAAUUCACCCUUGGUUCUUUUGGGUUUGCUUAAAUCUUUCUCUUGUUUAUGAAGUAAAGUAGUUAUGGUUCAAAGAAAUUUAAAAAAUCAGAGUAUUCAUAGUAUUCAACUGUCAGAGUAUUCAGAGCAGGUCACCUGGGAUCCUAGGUUGAGGACUGGACAGUUGAUAACAGUUAACUAUUGGUGAUGACCUAGAGGUGUCAAUACGAUACUUGUCGCUGUAGCCUAGUCCCAGAACUUGUCACAUACAGAAUCUGGGACCAGGCUUUUGUGACUGUCUUAAGUCAUGUCUUUACCACAGUAAUUAUUUAUUAUCAGUAGUUUAGUAAAACAGGGGGUCCUUAUUUUCAAUGUUAUUUUGUGCACAAUCAUGUUUGUUUGUUUAUUUGCUUGUUUUAUAGGAUAUGUUUUUUAAAUGAUUGUAUUUAUGUAUGGAUUUUGAUAUUUGCCCCCACCAAAACAUAAACGACAAUCAACAGCAACAACAGUAGCAAAAUGAGAUCCUUAAUAUCCUUGUAAAGGAACAUCAGCAAAUCAUUUUAUUCCUGGUAGUUACGUAUUUGUCUUAAUGUCAAUAUAGAACAACAACAACUGACAAAGUUUAAUUUAGAAAGCAUAAUUAUUAAAAAUAUAAAAAUAACUAUAUACUGUAUAGGCUGUCACAUGUUUAUUUAGCCUUGUAAAUGUUCCAGGAUGCGUCGAAAUUGGUACCCUAUUCCCUAUAUAGUGCACUACUUCUUCCUGAAGUGUGCACUUGUCCACUACUUCCCACACAUUUAAAUCCAUUGAAGGGAGGUGAACAAGUGCUCACUUUGGGGAAAAAGGAGAGAUUAUUCGGAUGUACCCAAAGAUGUAUUCUCUCCUUGCAUUCAGUAACGAGAGUAUUCUCUAUAGUGAGUGCGUGAAGUUUGAGAAGCACCUCUUUUUUUAAACUUUUUAAAAUCAUUUAUUUGUUGUACUUAUACCCCUUUUUCUCUUCAAUUUCGUGAUAUCCAAUUGGUAGGCCCUUGAGAAGCACUCUUGAAAGCAUUUUAUUUCAUUGGGGUUGUUAUGACCGCUGUUUUCCUCUGAAAAAUAAGAAGAAUGUAUUAAAACCAGAAUCUUGCUG